CUAAACGCGCAGCUGACGGUGACAUAAAAAAACUUAGGACUGGAGUACUUCUCUUACAGUACAAAUUUAGUAAAUUCUUGAAUUAAAAUAAAAAAACAAUGUCCUUUACUAUCAUGCAAAAGUUAUCACUGCUUAGUUUGAAAGCAGAUCAACCGUUGAUAACAACAAUACGUAACGCUAGCAAAAAGACUGGAGGCAGCACACGUAAUAAGAAAGGCCAUCCAAGACCAAAACAUCGUGGUUGGCGAGUACAAGACGGACAUUGGGUUUCUCAAGGAACUCUGCUUGCCACACAAUUAACAACACGAUUUCAUCCUGGCAUGAACGUUGGUUUUGGCAGAAAUGGCACGUUGUAUGCAAUGGAGCAUGGACGAGUGUAUGUGACUUGUGAGCAGUUGGACCCUAAUUGGGAUCACACUUGGGUGCAACGAAACUACGCCGGUCGUGAAGGUCAAACUAUUUAUAAAAAGUUUUUUAAUGUUAUUCCAGAACCCCAACAUCAACGCUUUCGUUUAAAAGAUGAGGUAUAAAACGAUGAUCUUGGAUUUUGUUGUAUUCGUAUAUAUAUAAAAUAAAAUGUUAAAUAGUUAGUACCUUUAUUAUACGCAUCGAUAU